AUGCCUGGCAAAUACGUUGAGUCGUUUGAACAGCCAACCUCCUUAACAUUCGAUCCUAGCGAAAUGGUUAGGUCUCAUACGCCUCUCUUCAAUGAUAAUUUCACCCCAAGAUACCUCUACAGGCUCGUUGCACCCCAGUCUGCUGGUAUAACCAACUCCUCAAGCGUUGUCCCGCCUAUGGUGCAUGGAUAUUCAAAAGACAUCUUCCAGCUCCCAACUCCCAAGGCCGCGAACCUCCUCUUGAAGCAUCUCCUCUGGCAGAGAGGUCACGAAGAUGGAUGCAAUUUGAUGAGCUGGACGAGCUCUCUACUAUUUGCUCUUCAAUAUGCUCUAUACCGCCACCGCAAGGAUGGCGAUGACCUGCGGCAUAUCCAUCUCAUCAUCCUAGAUACGACCUUGUUCCCAGCGGGAACUUUCAUCCAAGACAUGGAGAUAAUGCGCGCCUUCCAGGCGGCUGACCCUAGAUUGCAAAAGUUUAUCGAGUUUCGAGAGAGUGAAUACUACUUUGGUGAAUACCUAACUCAGGGGAGACUGGCGAUUCAGAACCGCUGCGCAUGUACAUCUGUCCAGAAAAUGAUCGAUCUUGGCCUGUUCGGCCUGCAGCCUGCACUUGCCGACAAAACGCAGUGGCAAUGGUGGCCCAAGCGGGUCCUUUUCUUUCGCGAACAGUUUGAAUCGGGGCAAUGUGUACCGACUACCGAUGGCGAUGUUGGAACCGCAGUCGAGAUGGCGAGGCAGUGCUUCGGGGGACAUUGGACGGUGCCUGGUGCGAUUAUGCUGCUUGCGCUCCGACCACGUAAGAAGGACGACGCAGCUAUCCUACAGGGCCUGAAAUCUCGAUUCUCACUGGCUGAAAUCAGGGGCGCCGGGCUGCAUCGGGUCAAGAUCGAUGCCAGACGUCUACCUGAGGUCGCACAAUUCAAAGAGCUUAUUCAGUCGGUUCAGCGCAGCUAUUCACUGACCGAGUAUGACUCCCUAGUGGGCUCUGUCCAGGGCCUCAGUGUUUGA